AUGCGACAAUAUCCUACUGUGUCACUCUUUGUGCGGCCGCUGUGUUGGACGGACCAGCACACAGAGCUCCUGGGCACUCGGUUCAACGAACUGCCCAUCUGCGAUGCGCCUAUGCCAGUGAAUGAGCCCGGCUCGCAGCCUUCCAGGGGACACAUGCAGCCCUCUAAAACCAUUACGACCCUUAGUGAGACCCUCACUAAUAUCCUGUCGCACAAGCUGGCACAACCUGCGGCUAUGUGCAACGCCGUGCGCACAGUCAUGGCCACACUCUGGCCGGCCACCUUUUGUCGGUCAUUUCUCGGCCCAGAUCUUCCUAUCUACUUCGGAGAUAGGGUGUACAAUGAGGCCGCCAGAGCCCAGAUAAUGUGGGCGUACCCUGGCGUCAGCUUUAUAGAAUCGCAAACGUCCUCAAGCUCGUCGCUGUCGACGGAGGCAGCAUAUCCCGAUCUUGAUGAGUCACAAGCUUGGGGACGCUCUCAGCCGAGGGACGAAUUCGAGUCUGCGUCCGUGUCUGUGUCAGAAGCUCAGCAGUCAGCUUUUCGACGUAACCUGUCUGGCUACCCUAUGGUUUGCUACAUGGGGAAGGAUCAAUUGGCAUCGAUACGAAGGAACAUGUUUCGCGUUGUACCUGGCCCAAAGGGGAAUGAGCCCGUGUAUCGCCUGCAUCGACUGCGAUCCAAGAAUGUGGAGCCGCGAAACGCGGACGAAGACUCUCAUGUUAUAGCCAUCAUGCUUUCCAUGGCGCAAAAACACUUCUACCCCGUUUCACGCACGGUGAGCGUUUUCCGCAAAGGAAGGUUCCCAGCCAAGUAUGCCAUGCCAUUCCGAGACUUAACACUCCGCGUCAUGACACACGACACUGAGACAGCGGAAUUCAUCGUCUAUACUGGCCACAUCACGGCGCUGUUUUUGGAGCGCUUUCGGCAGCCACACAGGGUACCGACUGCUGCGAAGUCUGACGAGGACCUGGGUGUGCAGAUUGACUACGCCCGGGUCCCCAUCUGGCCGAUCCUGGGGCUUCGGGAGCGGCUCGGAAAGGCGCUCGGGGAGGAUCUGGUCGGCCCGUUUGACCCGGAUGCGAUGGAGACCUGGGAAGAGGACAUUGUGGAGGCGCCCAGCUCCAGCGGCGGCAAGCGCAAGCGGCCUGCUCUCGGUGAAGUUGUCAACGACAGCUUUAGAGAGUCAGACGAGGAACGGCCCAGCCAAAUACGCAAGAAAAAGCAAUGCAUACGGCGAGGACCUGCCCUCCAAGCCGCGGCGUAG